CGGGGCUGGAGCAGCUCGGGGGCGCGCGCCGGCCUGACGGACGGACGAACGGACGGGCGGACCGAGCCACCCGGGCGAGCGCGCAGCUCGGACCCUCCCGGACGUAGCGCUCGCUGGUGGCCGCGCGAUCACCGGUCCGCGGCCACGGCGCCCGCCCGCGCCGGCGCCCCAUGGGGUCACAGAGUCUAUAGAAGAGGCAGCAGCAAGGCUCCCAGAUGAACAACCGAAAGGAAGAUAUGGAAAUCACUUCUCACUACCGGCAUUUGCUUCGAGAGCUCAAUGAGCAGAGGCAGCACGGAGUCCUAUGUGAUGUGUGUGUCGUGGUGGAGGGCAAGGUCUUCAAGGCACACAAGAACGUCUUGCUUGGGAGCAGCCGCUACUUCAAGACACUCUACUGCCAGGUACAGAAGACAUCUGACCAGGCAACAGUCACUCAUUUGGACAUUGUCACAGCCCAAGGCUUCAAGGCCAUUAUUGACUUCAUGUACUCUGCCCACCUGGCUCUUACCAGCAGGAAUGUCAUAGAGGUGAUGUCAGCUGCCAGCUUCCUACAGAUGACUGACAUUGUGCAGGCCUGCCAUGAUUUCAUCAAGGCUGCACUGGACAUCAGCAUCAAGUCAGAUGCCUCAGACGAACUCUCUGAGUUUGAGAUUGGCACCCCAGCCAGCAACAGCACAGAGGCACUGAUCUCAGCUGUAAUGGCUGGAAGGAGCAUCUCCCCAUGGCUGGCUCGGAGAACAAGUCCUGCCAAUUCUUCUGGAGACUCUGCCAUUGCUAGCUGUCAUGAAGGAGGGAGCAGCUAUGGGAAGGAGGACCAGGAACCUAAAGUUGAUGGUCCUGAUGACAUUUCUUCACAGUCUUUGUGGCCUGGAGAUGUAGGCUAUGGGUCUUUGCGCAUCAAGGAAGAACAGGUUUCACCAUCACAUUAUGGAGGGAGUGAACUUCCAUCCUCCAAGGACACUGCAAUACAGAACUCUUUAUCAGAGCAGGGUGCUGGGGAUGGCUGGCAGCCCACAGGCCGGAGGAAGAAUAGGAAAAACAAAGAGACUGUCCGACAUAUCACACAGCAGGUGGAGGAGGACAGCCGGGCUGGCUCCCCAGUACCCUCAUUCCUGCCCACAUCAGGAUGGCCUUUCAGCAGCCGAGACUCAAAUGUGGACCUGACUGUCACUGAGGCCAGCAGCUCAGACAGCCGAGGUGAGAGGGCAGAGCUCUAUGCACACAUCGAUGAGGGCCUCCUAGGAGGAGAAACCAGCUACUUGGGCCCACCCCUCACCCCAGAGAAGGAUGAAGCACUGCACCAGGCCACUGCAGUGGCCAACCUGCGUGCAGCACUCAUGAGUAAGAACAGUCUGCUGUCACUCAAGGCUGACGUGCUCGGGGACGACGGCUCGCUUCUGUUCGAGUACCUGCCCAAAGGUGCCCACUCAUUGUCUCUGAACGAGUUCACAGUGAUCAGGAAGAAGUUCAAGUGUCCCUACUGCAGCUUCUCGGCCAUGCACCAGUGCAUCCUUAAGCGACACAUGCGCUCACAUACUGGAGAGCGACCCUACCCUUGUGAGAUCUGUGGCAAGAAGUUCACUAGGCGAGAACACAUGAAGCGACAUACUCUGGUCCACAGCAAGGACAAGAAGUAUGUGUGCAAGGUGUGCAGCCGUGUGUUUAUGUCUGCAGCCAGCGUGGGUAUUAAGCAUGGUUCUCGUCGCCAUGGUGUAUGUGCAGACUGUGCUGGCCAGGGUGUGGCCACACCACUGGACCAUGGUGGAGGUGGUGAGGGCUCCCCUGAGGCACUGUUUGCUGGUGAAGGGCCAUACCUGGAAGACCCCGAUGAUCCACGAGGGGAAGGUGAAGAGGAGCUAGGUGAGGAUGAGGAUGAGGAUGUGGCCAAAUGGAAGGACGACGUGGGUUUGACACAUGAGGAUGCACUGCUGGGAGAUGACAAGGAUGACGAGGACUCUCCCCAGGGGCCCCGCAGCCCUUCUGGGGAACCUGAUAAAGACUUUGCCUGGAUCUCCUAGGGGCUCUGCUCUGGUGGGCAGGGUGGGUGGUGGCUGAAUCGCUUUGUCCACCUGUGUGUGUCUUAGUGGGUCUUUACUUACCAAGGAGCAGGGCCAUGCUGACUCCUUGAAGCUCUUCCUCCGGGCCCUCCUCUGUCCUAUAACCCUCCCCUCUUGCAGAAAUUGGUCCUAUGAGCUAAGAAGUGGGUGUGACUCCAGUGACUGGGGAGCACUAGGACUAAACACAAAGUGAGGGGUACAGUAUGGGUUUAGGAAAAGGGAGAAUGCCUACUCCCACCUGUCCAGGUAUUAAUGGAGUCCCCAGCAGGUGUGUCUAGAUGUAUGGGCAGGGCUGCACCAAGGCCUGGGCAUGCUUCCUCAGGGUAUCAAAGGAGCCCUUUGCUGUGAACCUGGCUAGGAAUGCAAGAUGACUCAGUGGCCAGGUCAGGGUCAGCACUAGUUAGGGUCAUGAGGGCAAUCCCCCAGCCCACAGGUCUGAGUAGGUGUUGAGUUUAGCAUAAAUACAAACUGCUGCAUCCACAGCAUUGCUCGAUCUCCUUCCACCCCCAUUCUCCGGCAGUCAGGUUAUGGGCUCUGGCCCUGUCACUUUGUCCUCUUGGUUCCUGCUGCCCCAUGGCAGCUGGUAGAAUCUAGUGGGCAUAAAGCCCUGCAACCCUCUUACCUCCAGGCUUUGGUGCUUAAACACAAAGUGGCUGCAGAUGCCUCUCUGGAAGCCCCAGGCUCCAGGUGCUAUCUCUGUUGGAAGCAGCUACCCAAGUGGCAGGCCAAAGAGGAAGAAGGCUCUGUUCAAGAAGGGCCCUGUGGCUGGAUGCUUUACCCUUUCAGGCCCACAGGGUUGAGUUGCAAGGGCCACAGCUCUUUGUUCUGUGUGCACUUUCUUUGAGAGCCCCAUUGUGCACCCUGAGUUCUGCCUGAGCCCUUGCUGACCCCUCCUUGGACCAGAUAGAGCUCAAGCUCCUGCCUUUGUUGCUGCUAACACUGGAGGUGGGUGUUCCUAGCUGCAGUGUGCUGCUGAUGCCUCCCUGCCUAGGAACCAAAUUUUAAAGAAGUCAGAGACAUUUUCAGAUGGUUACUACAGGCUACUUUGUUUUGAAUUGUUUUUUCUCAUUUGACAGGACUCUACAGGAGUGGUUUCAUUUAACUUUUCAUCAAGUCCACUUUCUCUAUUUCUAAAGGCCCUCACACUUGUUCUGUGAAAAGUGUAGGCUUCAUUUCCAUGGUUCUGAGGCCCAGAGAGGCAGCUGUCCACUUAACCUGCAGGGUAGACACAGAUGCUGCAGCCUGCCCUCUUCUUGAGGCCAUUUCUGACAAACUAUCAAGACAUUCCAUCCCUCACCCACCUCAUCUCCCAAAAGCCCACUGCAGUGUUCAGUGAGCAGUGUAGUGAGCGCUCUGCUGAGGUGCUGUGGGCUAACCUACUCUGUGCAAGGGCUCAUCAGGCUACUGAGCAUUAGGGCCAGUUAGAGAAUUUUGUUUUCCCUUUCCCAAACACUAAGUCAAAUGGCUUUUAGACAUUUUUUUUAAACUGGCACAUCUGUUCUCUCUAGGUAAGAGGAAGCCCCAUAAAACUGUAAUUUAGGUCCCAAUUGGUUAUACAGAGCAUGUCACCUGGUGACAUUCCCCAAGUACCAGCUGCCUGAGCUACAGGAGGAAGGAAUCACAGCUUUUAUUAUUUUAAACAAAACAACAGUCAAGAGGAACAGGGCCAGGACUCUCUACAGAGUUUAGGAACCAUUGUCUGAAAGCUGUGUGCCCCUCUACUCACUGUCCUCUCCUCUGAGGCAUGCUGGUUCUGGAGGACAUUUCCGUCCAGUAUGGUAGCAUAGCUAGACCCCCUUUUACCAACAGAACUCCAGGUUGAGACUGUCUAGCCUUGCCAGGCCCCUUGAGGGCUAACAGACUUAGUACCUUCCUCUCUCUUUUAAAUUGCCUUUUCUAAACACUUUCUUAUAAAAUGCAUUUGGAAACUAGACCUUUGCUACCACUGUCUCUGGGUUUUUGUAUCAGUCCCUACUUCUCAGGCUGUCCUGCCCAGGACCCAGGACCUCUGGCCCACCUCCCAAGGCACCUGUGCCCUCCACUCUCAGGAUGUCUUGCUCUGACUGGCCCCACUUCCAGACUGCCUUUGCUGGCCUUUCUGGGGGUUCCCUGUUGGUACCGCAGGGCACUUCCUUAAAACCAGUACUGUACCAGAAAACUAAGGGUUCCAGUUCUGGUCCUACCACCUUCCAAGUGUUUGCCAUGUGACAGGCUUAGUUCUGGCUCAGUUUCCAAUUGGAAAGUGGAAUUCUAGAGAUCCAGAUGAACACAUCCAUCUCAGGAGGCAUGGAGGGAAAGGACGUAUGUAUUGAAGUUUUUUUUUUUUUUAUGUGACUUUUUUUUAUUCAAUGUUCAAACUAAUAAAUAUUUUUUUAUGAAGAAAAUGUGUAGAUUACAUUUCACAUUUUGUAUUUUUUGUGUGUGUAUUUUGGUGUUUGAAACACCAAAGUGGAAAAUAUAGUCCAUGGGGUGGGUGGUGUUAGGGUUGAGGUGGGAAAACAAAACGAUUUUUGUACGGAUCUCUGGAUCCUGACCAGUUUGCAUACUUAACUCUGAGUUUUGGGGAACAGGACACUGCUAGGACUUGACAGGGACCUAACUCAAAAGACACAGCUAUGCUUCCAAUUCUGCACAUCUUCCUUUAAAAACAAACAAAACAAAAACCUGAGAAAAUGCAAAACUGGAACUUUUUGCAAUAUUAUGAAAGAUAAUCUUACUUUGGCUCAUUCUAUGACAUAUACAACUCCUAAGAAAGCCAUACUUAAUGGUGGUGGUAUUUUUUAGAUCCUAUUGUGUUUUGUAUGUGGCUCUUUUAGAAUCACUUGUAGUGAGGGUGCUGUGUGUAUGCUUUUCUUAUUUAUUUAUUUUUCAACAUGCUUUCAAUCUGUCAACAAAAAGUGAAAAAAAAAGGCAGUGUUUGAAGAGUGUUGAUUUUUUUUCUGGAGAUAAUCUAUAUUAUAUUGACUUUAUAUUAAUUAUUAUAAACCUGUGUUUGUACUGAAGAUGUGGUUAAUAUUUGCAGAAGGCUUGUCAUAAUCAGUUGGUGGGGUUCACAGCCCUGUUGUCCUGCUUCUAUAUAGCCACAGACAAGUAAAGAUUACCUUCUCUAUAGUGGUUCUUGCGAUUUCUUGUCUGCCUAGGUGUGCUCCAGGUUGCCUGUGGGUUUUCUUUCUGUGAUGGGAUUAGUGUAGACAUUCUUGCAAAAUGAUCACUUCAAAUAAAAUGGGAAAUUGCUGCUCCAUG